GCGGCUGCAAGAACCAUGGACUGGAAACUCGGGGCGAUUCAGGUGUCCCAGAAGGGACCAGUGACCCUUUGGAUUCUGCUUUGCAUCUGCAUGGUACGUGUUGGCUGUGCGACAUUAUGGAGUUCUUCGUACGUCACGGGACUCACUAAUGACUGUCGGCAAUAGCGCAGCCAGGAAGUCUAUCUAAGCAGAUGUGAGACUGGGUUGCCCAGCAUCUGCAGCAGCGACACAGAGAAUGUUGUCUCGUGCGGCCCGCUUACGGGCGGCCGAUGGCAACCAGCCAUGUGUAUGUUUCAUUAAACACACCAGACUCCAACGUAGACCUCGCCUUCUCCGCUGCCUGGCUUCCGAGACAUGGGCGCUCCGUGACGUUCUCCACUGCCGCGCAACUCGCUGGGGUGCCUUACGUAAUGGGUGUGGCUCAAGAAGCGACGACAUUUGGUGCGAGAGGUCGGUCAUCAGCACUAACAACGACGCCAUCGAGAGAAACCUGGAACCAGCGGCAGUGUACCUGGCUUGCUUGUACCCUGCGUGUCAACACUGUCGAGGUGGUUUCUCGUCUUUGGCCACCUGCUUCACCCUCCGCACUGCGCCCGUUAAUCGAUCGUCAUUCGUAGCAGUGAAGCACUCCCCGUUCCUGCUGGAAGUGAAGUGGAAAGGUGUCAAGAGCAAGGACCAAUACACAGGAGGGGGAUUGCUGCAGGCGCAGGUGUGCUGGGAUAGCCAGCCGUGCAUCUUCCAAUGCUUCCAGGACCAGGUGCCUGCCAGCAGCGGCUCCUAUGAACUUCCUGCAGACUUGACCCGAUUCAGCGUCAACGUGGAACUACUUAGGGCAAGGAAGCCGCUGUUCUAUUACCAUUUCGAGCGAGGGACAGUCGAGCCCGGUCCUCCGUGCGAAGCGUCUGUCCAGCCGUUCGGUUCUUCAUCGAUAAAACUGUCCUGGAGGCCCCUUGGUCACUUCGAUGGAUAUCGUGUGUCGUGGUGUCCCAUUGUUGGCCCGUGUUCUUUCGUCCACGUGCCCAAUAACAUCAGUUCGGUCAUUCUGAGCAACAUGCCACCAUUCCGCAGGUAUCACUACAAGAUAGAGACAUACAGGUCGUACCCAAAUUCCUCGCGCAAAAUCUACAGCAAGGCGGAAAUGGCACCGUGGAAGGUCCAUAGCAUAUACGAGAUUGUAAUGUACCUCAAGAUGCUCGUGGAAUUUUUGAUGGCAGCAGUAUUAUGUUCCGGAGGGUUCUCGUUCAUCUGCUACGUAGUGGCAGUCCGAAUUCACGGUGGGGUCAUCGAGGAAGAGGAGGAGGAUGACCAUUCCGAUACCGCUCAGCAUGGAGACCAUCGAAGAAUACGACGCCGUCCUCGCCGGCCCGCCCGUGUACAUUCACGGGGAGAUAGCUGAUUGGGUUAUACGCCCUUAUCGAAAUAAAGGACACGCAAUUCGGA